AUGACUUCGCCGGUGGCCCUGCUCACUGUCGCUGCGCUCACGGCACUGCCUCUCAGGGUAGAGCUGGCUCUCGGCGCCGGCCCGCACUCGCCCGAGCAGGCCGACCUCCGCCAGCUGCAGGCGGACCUGAAGGAGCUGAUCGAGCUCACCGAGGCCAGCCUGGCGGCGGUCCGGAAGAGCCAACUGCUGGCCGCGCUGGACGGAGAGCGCCCGGGCCGGGGGGAUGCAGAGGGCCCUGCUCUCCAGGAAGCCGUGGCCGAAGUGGGGGAGGCCGCGGUCGCCCUGGGGGCGGCGCCGGAGGCUGUCCCUGGGACGGACGCGGGGCCAGAGUCCACGGAAGGAGGGCAGGAGGAGGAGGAGGGCGAGGACGACGACGAGGACGAGCUGAGCGGGACAAAGGUGAACGCCCCGUACUACAGCUCGUGGGGCACUCUGGAGUACCACAAUGCUAUGGUGGUGGGCACCGAGGAGGCGGAGGACGGCUCAGCGGGGGUCCGUGUGCUCUACCUCUACCCUACACACAAGUCCCUGAAGCCCUGCCCGUUCUUUCUGGAGGGGAAGUGCCGAUUCAAGGAGAACUGCAGGUUCUCGCACGGGCAGGUGGUCUCCCUGGAUGAGCUGCGCCCCUUCCAGGACCCGGACCUGAGCUCCCUGCGGGCUGGCUCUGCGUGUCUGGCCAAGCACCAGGACGGCCUCUGGCAUGCAGCACGGAUCACGGAUGUGGACAGCGGCUACUACACGGUCAAGUUUGACUCACUGCUGCUGAGGGAGGCUGUGGUGGAGGGGGACAGCAUCCUGCCCCCACUGCGCACAGAGGCCGCUGAGUCCUCUGACUCAGAUGGUGGCGACAUGGAUGAUGCCAGCUAUGCCAGAGUGGUGGAGUCAGGCACGGCAGACACCAGGCCCUGCAGCUCUGCCUUCGCUGGCUGGGAGGUGCACACACGGGGCAUCGGCUCCAGGCUCCUCGCCAAGAUGGGCUACGAGUUUGGCAAGGGCCUGGGCCGGCAUGCAGAAGGCCGAGUGGAGCCCAUCCACGCAGUGGUGCUGCCUCGUGGGAAGUCGCUGGACCAGUGUGCAGAACUCCUGCAGAAGCUGCCUAGGCACGGUGGGACUGGUGCUGGGAGGUCCCCCAGGUCCCGGGGAAGAGGGCGCAGGCCUGGGGGUCGCCAGCCCUCUCGGACUGUGUUUGACUUCUUGAAUGAGAAGCUGCAGGACCAGACAACUGGGGCCCCGGAGCCCAGGGGAGCCCUCCCAGGGAGGAGGAGCAAGGACAUAUACCAUGCCAGCAAGAGCGCCAAGCGUGCCCUGAGCCUGCAGCUCUUUCAGACUGAGGAGAAGAUCGAGCGAACCCAACGGGACAUCCAGGGCAUUCGGGAGGCACUGGCCCGCAACGCCGGCCGGCACAGUGUGGCAGCGGCCCAGCUGGAGGAGAAGCUGGCAGGAGCCCAGCGGCAGCUGGGGCAGCUCCGGGCACAGGAGGCGGGCCUGCAGCGUGAGCAGAGGAAGGCAGACACUCACAAGAAGAUGACUGAGUUCUAGAGGCCCCACGAGCACUGUGGACAGAGCCAGGGACUCUGGCUCUAGCCGUCCUCAGGAAGACAGCUGUUGUCCAACAACCAGGACGCCAGCCACUCCAGGCCAGCCCCCUUGGCCCUUCAGCCUGGGGGUGUGGAAACUGCUGAGAGGAGAUGGGCAGCGGGGUUGCACCUGGACACUUCCUUGCCCACCCUGCCAUUGGCAUCUUCUUAGCGAGGACAUUAAAGUGAUUUCAUCACAGUGUCAUUCA